AUGAACACUCUUCCGACAGGAUGGCCAACACCAGCUCCGCAAGAAGCCACCGAGAAGUAUCCCAACAACACUCUACCCAUCCUCAUGCUCCUGUGGCUUAUCUUCAUCGCACUUUUCUUCCUCGGUGCACUGAUCUACUUCGCCUGGCGCCUCGCUAGAGGCCAUUGCCCAGACUGCGAAUCCAGAGAUACCGAGAUCGUGUGGUUGAAGAAGCGCCUUGCGAACAAGGAAGAGAUCACGCCGGCGAUGGUCCAGCAGAGGGAAACACCGUCCACCAAUCCAUAUCGCGCCAACAGGGUCGCUAUAAGUGAGGAAGAUCUGAAGAAUGAAGUCACUGUUCGCACGGAAGAUCUCGAACGGGGCAUCACUGUCAUACGGGGUAUGAAGACGCAACAACCUCCCUCUUCUAGCCAGUCACAGCGAUCAGACCCUUUUGUCUUGGAGAACGCGGUCCCAGUCAAUUCCCGCUUCUCUGACGAUACGCUCGAGACUCUCUCUAUAAAGUCCCCGGAGCUAAUGCGCAAGCGUUCCGAGGCCUCUAUGUUUCGACAUGGAUUGGGCAUGGAACAAAACCGCUCGUUGGCGAUGCACGAACUGACAAGGCCUCCCUCCAAUAUAGAAGAAGAGUACUACGAGGAUCCUCCACUCCCAUUCUGGAAACGGACUCUUGCGCGUGUCGGUCUAAAGCGCAAAGAGACUGAAGACCUCGAAGAACGUAACCAUCAACCUAUGAUGCGGACUUACACCGACGAAGGCCGCGCUCCCAUAUCUGAAGCGAUUCAGAGGCCCUUUAACCCACCGCGAACCUAUUCGCAUCCAGGUCCUGCUCCCGCGCCCCCAGUCCCUGUUCCUCAGCGCUCCGAUCAUCACCGUCCUGCUACCCCGAAUCCGUACGCCUUCAACCCUAGAUCCGCCUACUUCGAGAAUACAGGCGACGCGGAUAGUGGUCGUGGGAGCAGUGACGCAGUGCCUAAACGGUACCCUCAGCCUGCACGUGCAGAAUUUAUCACUGUGGGUCUGGACGAUCAGGUCUCUUGGGAACAGGAACAGCAACGAGCAGAGGAGCUUCGCAACAAGCGCCGGACUGGGGGGUACGGAGGGAUGACGCCUAUGGUACCUCCUGGUAUGGAUGGAGACGAGUAUUAUCCGAUGCGUGUCUGA